UUCAAAAAAAGAAAAAAAGGUAUUUUCCACUAACAUCUCUCCUUCUCCCUAUAACCACCAAUGGUAAACCCUCUCUCGGCCAUCGCUCUCCUCCUCUUCCUCCUCGUCUCCGGGGGAGCCGACGCCAAACAUCACCUGAAAUCCGGCGACUUCCAAUUCCACCGUCGCGGCCGCGGCCGUCCCGCCGCCAUGGAGGAGGUCGAGUACUCGGCGGUGUCGUGCAGGGCGUACUCGGCGUCGCUGGACGAAUUCGGCGGCGUGGGCGACGGAGUGACGUCGAACACGGCGGCGUUCCGAGACGCGGUGGAGCAACUCAGCCGGUUCUCGGACUACGGCGGCGGUUUGCUGUUCGUUCCCGCCGGCCGGUGGCUCACCGGAAGCUUCAACCUCACCCGCCACUUCACCCUUUUCCUCCACCGCGACGCUGUCAUCCUCGCCUCUCAGGACGAGAGUGAUUACGAGGUGAUAGAGCCGUUGCCGUCGUACGGACGUGGGAGGGAUACGGAAGGCGGGAGGUACAUCAGUCUCAUCUUUGGCACCAACCUGACCGACGUUGUCAUCACCGGUGAGAAUGGGACGAUAGAUGGGCAAGGGGAGCCAUGGUGGGGGAAGUUCAAGAGAGGAGAGUUGAAGUACACGAGACCUUACUUGAUCGAGAUCAUGCAUUCUGAUGGGAUCCAAAUCUCCAGUCUCACUUUCUUGAAUUCACCUUCUUGGCAUAUUCAUCCUGUCUACAGCAGCAACAUUCUUAUCCAAAGCCUGACGAUACUGGCUCCAGUAACGGUUCCUAAUACCGAUGGUAUCAACCCCGAUUCUUGUACGAACACGAGGAUUGAAGACUGUUACAUUGUCUCUGGCGACGACUGCAUAGCUGUGAAGAGUGGGUGGGACGAAUACGGGAUAGCGUACGGAAUGCUCUAAAUGUUUAUUAUAAAAGGAAAUCAUCAUUAAUAGGCCCUCGGCAGCGAAAUGUCCGGCGGCAUUGAGGAUGUCCGAGCUGAAGACAUUGUCGCCAUCAACUCCGAAUCUGGUGUCAGGAUCAAAACCGCUGUUGGACGAGGAGGAUACGUGAAGGACAUAUACGUACGAGGAAUGACGAUGAAGACAAUGAAAUACGUAUUCUGGAUGACCGGAAACUACGGGUCUCACCCAGACGAGCAUUAUGACCCAGAAGCUUUACCGGUAAUCGAAAACAUUAAUUACCAAGACAUGGUGGCCGAGAACGUGACAAUGCCGGCUCAAUUGGCCGGUAUACCAGGAGACCGGUUUACCGGAAUCUGCAUAUCGAAUGUGACAAUCGGUUUAGCCAAGAAACCGAAGAAGGUCCUUUGGAAUUGUACGGACGUUUCGGGUUUUACGAGCGGAGUGACUCCGAAGGCGUGCGAGUUGUUGCCGGAGAAGCAGCCCGGGACGACGGUUCCCUGCAACUUUCCGGAAGAAUCUAUUCCGAUCGAGGAGGUCAAGCUCCAGCGAUGUUUCAGCAGGGGGAAUAAUAUGUGAUGAAAAUGGCAAAUGUAUAUGUAAUGUAAGAGCGUUUUCAUACAAAAACAGUUUCUUGGGUUGCAAGAAACAUUCUUACCAAAGGGAAACAUGGGUGGAAGAAUAACAAACAAGCGUUUUUCAACA